UUUAAACGUAAAGAUUUUCGGAAGAAAUAAUGCAAGAAGCUUCUCAUUCUCGUAUCUUGAUAAAAGGGGAAAAAGUUGUCAACGAUGACAUAAUGUUUGACGCAGACGUCUAUAUAGAAGAUGGCAUUAUUAAACAAAUUGAUAAAAAUAUCUUUAUUCCUGGGGAUGUAAAACUUCUUGAUGCAAAAGGAAAGCUAGUAAUACCUGGAGGAAUUGAUACCCAUACCCAUUUUCAGUUCCCAUUAAUGGGAACAAAAUCCAUUGAUGAUUUCUACUAUGGAAGCAAAGCUGCGCUUGCUGGAGGAACUACAAUGAUUAUGGACUUUGUUAUUGAUCAAGAAUGCUGCUUACUGAAUGCUUACGAGAAAUGGCGGAAAUGGGCUGAUGAGAAAGUCUGCUGUGAUUACAGCCUUCAUAUCGGUAUUACAUCGUGGAAUGCAGAAGUAGAAUCAGACAUGGAAAUUCUUGCCAAAGAGAAAGGCGUGAAUUCCUUUAAAGUUUUUAUGGCUUACAAUGAUUUCCAAAUGUCAGAUAGAACUUUACUCAGAGUUUUUGAACACUGUGCAAAACUUGGAGCGUUGGCUCAAGUUCAUGCCGAAAAUGGGGAUAUUAUUGCAAUGAACCAACGAAAGCUUCUAAAAAUGGGAAUUGCGGGACCUGAAGGGCAUUUGUAUAGCAGACCUGAAGAUGUAGAAGCUGAAGCAACCCACAGAGCUAUAAUUCUUGCUGAAAGUGUUAAAUGCCCUCUGUAUGUAGUUCAUGUAAUGAGUAAGAGUGCAGGAGAAGUCAUUGCUAAAAUGAGACAGAAAUGAUAUCAAGUAUAUGGAGAAGCUAUUGCAGCAGCUUUAGGAGUAAAUGGCUUACAUUACUUCAAUAAAUGUUGGACACAUGCUGCUGCGUAUGUGAUGUCUCCUCCUCUUCGACCUAAUCGUGAAACUCCAACAGUUUUGAUGAAAUUACUGUCUAGUGGUGUGUUGCAAACUACUGGAUCAGAUAACUGUACCUUCAACAUGAUCCAAAAAGAAAUGGGGGUAAAAGAUUUUACUAAAAUCCCUAAUGGUGUCAAUGGUGUAGAAGACAGAAUGUCAAUUAUAUGGGACAAAGGUGUAACGACCGGCUUACUUGAUCCUUGUCGCUUUGUUGCUGUUACUAGUACAAACGCUGCCAAAAUAUUUAAUAUUUAUCCCCAGAAGGGCAGAAUUCAAAUUUCCUCCGACGCAGAUGUUGUUGUAUGGGGUCCACACGCAACACGCAUAAUUUCUUCUAAAACACACCAGCAACGUGUUGAUUUUAAUAUAUUUGAAGGUAUGAAGGUUAGCGGAGUUCCUGACUAUGUUAUUUCAAAAGGAAAUGUUGCUGUUGAAUAUGGCAAAUUACACGUUACUCAGGGUACUGGACAAUUUAUUCCAACGGAACCAUUUUCGCCUUUUGUAUAUGCUCGUUUACAACAGAAAGAGAUACCUCCAACU